GGUAGUCUCCGCCCAGCACUGGGACUCCCUCGGACUCCUGACCGGCCACAGCACACAGCACACAGGCCGCCUGGCUGCCGGGCUCACAUGUCCCGCUCACCUCUCCAGCUCCAGUUCCACCUCUCCCCGGGGCUGAGCAUGAAGAACGGCCUGGAGGAGGACGAGGAGGAGGAGGAGGAGGAGGAGGACGUGGAGGAGGAGGAGGACGAGGAGGGAGAUCUGGACGACGAGGUGGACGCUUCUCAGCUGGAGAGGUUUAUGAAGGACCGGAGGAGAGCCCAGUCCCUGCCAGCAUACCCGGCUGCGCUCCUGGUCGGCGUCUCCGGGAGCACCGGGAGGAAGCGGGUGAAGUUCGCGGACUCCAUGGGUCUGAACCUGGCCAGCGUCAAACACUUCAGCUCUCUGGAGGAGCCAAAGAUCCCCAGUAAAGUUCUGACCCGGCACAAGAGCUUCCCGCCGCAGCAGCAGGACUUCCUGAACGACCUGUGCCAGAGUUUCAAGUCCGGCCUGGACUCGGACCGGCUGGUCGCCUGCUUCCCGGAGCCCCGGGAGGCGGAGUGGAGAGUCCAGCAGCUCCGGGUCUGCCUGGAGAAGGUCUCCAUCACACACUUUGACGUGGGGGGCCAGAUCCGGGUCUUCACCGGCUGCACCGACAAAGAGGUUGGAGUGAGGUACACCUUCAACGACUGGCUGUCCUACGUGGACGCGCAGGCUCUGCCCGUGGCCGCGGAUCAGCCGGGCUUCGUGGGAGAGCGGUUCAGCUUCACCGUGUACACGCCGCCCUUCAUGGAGCCCAGCUCGGCCGUGCACUUCGCCGUGUACCUGAGGAGCGAGGACGGGGAGUUCUGGGACAACAACGAGGGGCAGAACUACACCCUCCAGUACCACUGCAUGCCCAGCACCGCAAAGUUUGGCAGCGCCGCUUUCCACGCCACCUGACCGCUUUGCGCCGCGCUUAAAACCUGUAAACCUGUGUGUAAAAGCUGUACAUCUUUGCGUAAAACUUGUAAAUCUGUGCGCAAAAGUUGUACAUCUGUGCGUAAAAUUUGUAAAUCUGUGUGCAAAAGCUAUAUAUCUGUGCACAAAAUUUGUAAAUCUGUGCGCAAAAGCUAUACAUCUGUGCGCAAAAGCUGUAAAUCUGUGCGCAAAGGCUAUGAAUAUGUGCGUGAAACGUGUAAAUCGGUGCGCCAAAUAUAUACAUCUGUGCGUAAAACGCUGCUAAAAUGCUUUUACACGCAGCUGCUGAAUAAAAAUCACAUCUGUGUUACACGACGAGUCUUUUUGACAUCAGAUCUAGUUUCCCUUCAUUGUGGCCUCUGAUUCUGUUGUGUCUUAUUCUGUAAUGAAAUCAGUCAAACUGUGGAACGUGUUUGUGGAGGACAACACAGCGGACGGUUCUGGAUGUUUGUCUGAACUUCGAUCGAUGGACUUUCUUUGUUCCCACUUUAAGGAAAACAUGCUUUAGUGUCAACAACCUUCUGGACGUUUUAGACCGUGUUGACACGAGUGUCUCCGUCUCACUGCUGCUUUUGGACUCCAUCUGUUGAUCGGAAAAAAAGGAUGUGGAACAUUUUCAAAAUAAAACAACAACAUAGUAGUUGAGUUGUGUUUUUAAUGCAGACUACAGUCACAGAGGAGUUUUAGGACUCGCCGUUAGUUUCCAUUUAUUUCUUUAAAAUCAGUCUGCAGACUCACAUUAUCGUUUCAGUUUAAGUGCAGAUUGGUUUGAAAAGUUAUCCUGUGAGGAAAUCAAUGGAAAUCAAUGGAAAUCAAUGGAAAUCAACGGCUCCCUGUGGAUCAAAUGCAGCUGAUUGUUUUACAGUUUGAUCAUCUGUGAUAUUCAGUAAAUGAGAUUUAUAGAAAAACUGCUAAAACAUGCAGAAACCAGCAGAUCCUUUAAAUCUGCAGCCAAAAACAUAAUAAUAAUAAUAAUAAUAAACAUUAAGGAGAAUAUUCUGCUGUUAUUUUAAUAAAGAAAUUUAUCAAAAA